GCAAGAAGGGCGAACAUAUCUUUCAAAGAGGAAUACAAAAAUUUAUUUUAUUUAUAAUAAAUCAACAAGAAUUUAAAUGGAAGGUCUCGUAAACUAUAGUAGUGAAGAUGAGCAGGAUGAUUAUCCCUAUACUAAAGCGGCUGUACGAGAACGUGGUAGCGGCAGUAGCGCUAGCACCGGACGAGCUGCUACUGAUGCGAGUGGACCUUUAAAACGCUCUUAUAAUCACUCGAAAAGUGGCAGUUGCGACCGAGAAUCCUCCCCCUAUCGCAAAGGUCGAGAUGGCGGAAGCGAACGUUUCAAAACUGGAAACGCCAGUAUUAAUGAGGAUAAAUAUAAAAUCGAUAGAAGAGCUGACAAAUCAAGAGAUCACAGAGAUAAAAGAGACAACAAAGAGUCAAGGAAUAAUAGAGAUAUGAGAGAUGGUGUUAGAGAUUAUGAUAAUAGUCAUAAAUAUGAUUAUAAAAAGCAUGAUGAUCACAAACGUUUUAGAGAACCUAAGAGAGACUACAAACGUGAUGGCAAUGAUUACCACAAGGAAGAUAAGAGAUAUAAUCGUGAUGAUAGGAAAUCAAUGUAUGCCCCAAAUUAUAAAGAUCGUUUCAAUAGUUCAAAAUCACGCUAUGACGAGAGAAAACAGCACGAUGAUCGCUUCAAUGAUGAAAGAAGAGGUGGUGCAAACGAAGAGAGACGUGCCGCUAAUUUCGAUGAUCGAAGAAGAGACUUUAACGAUAGACGCAAUAAUUAUAACAAUGACGAUGACCGAAAAACUGAUCGUCGUAAUAAUGAGGAUCGUAGAACUCAACGAUCUUACAAUGAAGAUCGUUCAAAUGCAUAUCGCCCUAGACGUUCAAAUUCACCGGCACCCUCUCAGCGCAACAGUAAUAAUAGUAAAUUCAGUGAACGUAAGGAUGAUAAUAACACAAGACGUGAACGAAAACGUAAUUCAAGAUCCAGAUCACGUUCUCGUUCACACUCGGCCGAUAAUUCAACUGAAUCUAAUUUAGCGUCAAAUAAUAAUAAUUCCCAUCAGAGAACGGCAGCAGAAGAACUUCUUACAGAAACUAAACGUCCAGUGGGAGAGUCACAAGUUCCUGAGAAGAAAUCCCUUCCUACAGCUCGGAAUUUCGAAGCUCUUUUAUCCCUGCCACUUAGUGAAAAUGCACCCAAAUCUAAUGUUGUUGCAGUAGCUGCGUCCAGUGCAGCAGCUGGACCAAACGUAGCCACUGCUACAGUACAAUUACCCAGUUAUUAUAAUCCAAAUGUCAUUAAUCCCAAUAAAUACGUUGAACAAAUGCAAAAACGUAAACUCAUAUGGGGAGCUAAAAAAACUGAGGACUCUGCUUCAAAAUGGGGCCACGCCCAAUUCUCUCAAGAUCAAGAUGGCAAAGUUGCAUCUAAAUUUAUGCGUCUUAUGGGUAUUAAGAGUGGAACUGGCGAAUCAUCUACUUCGCCAAAUGAGAGCGAAAAGAAGUCGUCACCAACAACUACCUCUCCUCCAAAUAAUCCAGAUGUUAAAUCUCGUGAAGCCAUGUUUUCCACAAUGGAACAGCAGUACGAAGUAGCACGUCAGGUUACCCAUACUAUGAGGGGCGUUGGCUUGGGUUUUGGAUCACAAUCAAGACCUUAUUAGAUAAUGAAGACGACACCCUUUACUCUAAUAUAAAUAAUAAAAUGCAAGUUUUAAAGUUAUUUCUUUUUAUUUAACAAAAACUAUGAAUUUGUUUGUUAAUGUGUGCAUAAGUUUUACAUUAAUUUUAUUAAAAAAAAAUGUAAACAACAUUCUAUUUAUUCUGAAUUUGAAAAUAAAUGAAGAUAUGUAUUAAUUUAAAAUUGUAAAA